GAUGUGGAACUCAAUCCCGGGACUCCGGGAUCUUGCCCUGAGCCGAAGGCAGAUGCUCAACCACUGAGCCAGCCAGGCAUCCCUAUUGAUUAAUUUCUUACCAGAAUAAAAUUCCAUGAGUUCUUUUUCCUUUUUCAUCAAAACGUUUAUUAAAUGCUUAACUGGAUGUCACCUGAACUGUAAAUAGGCUUUGUUAAAGACUUGAGUGCCUGGCUAAAACCAGGAAAACUGUUGCCUACUUUUCAUGUUCACAAAGCUCAUAGUUGGGCCAGUCCUGUGGCCUGCAAAGGAGGGGAUACAUAUACCAGAGCAGGAUUCUGCUAAAUGGAAUGGAACCCAGGGGUAAGGACACCAAGCCAAUCCUUCUAGCCAACCCUUCAGGAGAUAUCCUAAGCACCUAAAAUAAUAGCAUGACACAUAGUAGGUGGUCAAUAAAUGUUUGGUAGAGGAUUUUCCUUUUCCUUUCUUGUCCUGUCCUUCCCUUCCUCUUUCCUUCCCUUCCCCCUCCUCCUUCCCCUUUUUCUUUUUUUCAGGGGAGGAGUGUCGAAGUUUAGAUUUGAAUCAGAUAUAAGUAACUUUAAGUUAUUCAUUUUCAUAAAGAUGAUGUUGGGAAAGUAUAUUUGCAUAAUAAAGGGAUACACUUCAACACUUUUAAAAAUGAGGAAUUAAGAACUCAUUAGUUUUAAGGCUUGCUAGUGUUCAUCAUUGUAAUCUGUUAAAGGAAAAUAUAAAUGGUGAUAAUUAAAUUGAAAAUAUAAGAAAUUUUGAUUGGUAAAGUGAUAUGUUUGUAAUAAAAAUUAUAAAUAUAAUUAAAAUUUUAGAAAAGCUUAAAUACCUUGAAAUCCCCAAAAGUUAAAAAGUCAAAGCAGAGUGAUGCAAUGCCUGGGAGAAGUCCUUCCAGCUGUGGUGUUUUUCCAUGGGAAAGAGAGACAGAUUUAUAAAUCUCAGAAUGAGGUUCUACCUGAAGUCCCUAUUGUGCAGAGACCCUGGGCGAAGCCACCUUCACCAUAUCUGACCAGGAGGCAAAACUGUCAACUAAGGACUUGGGAGGGGGAGGGGUUAGAAGGAAGGUGAAUACAUUAAACUCCGUCAUUGGACCAGGAUAGCAAUGAGAUUCAUUCACUUCAAAGUGAAAAUGACAACACAUCUCAAACUCAAAAGAAUGGUGCUGUCAAAGACAAGGAGUUCAUUCAGGUUCCUUUUUGAAGGUCAGAGAAUUUCUGAUAAUCACGCUGCAAAAGGACUGGGAAUGGAAGAAGAUGUGAUUGAAGUUUAUCAGAACAAAUGAGGUCAUUCAAUGAUUUAGCGGUUCUUUUUAUAUGUUUCUUUACUAUCAAUCCUUUUUUGUUUUUAAAAAUAGUUCUUUUGUAAUAUGGUGUUCAAAAUGGAAUUGAAAACCUGUAUUCCAUCUCUUUAAAACAUCUGGUAAUUUGAAUUCUAGUGCCUGUUACUCAUUAUCACUUGUUUUCAUUGUGCUGAGUUUUGGUGAUCAAACCUUCACCUCCUUCAUAUUGCCCUCUCCUUUUUAAAAAUUAUACGUGUGCACAGAAAGGCCACCUUUUCCAUGAUUGCAUUCACAAGCAAUGUGAUUGUUCAUAAUGACUUUCCAGUUAGCCCUGAAGUUCUAGCAUGUGAUUGCUUCUUUCCUGGACUAUGACUUUCAGUGGGAAAUGGAAGUUUUUUCAGAGAACUGAACUGUGGAAAAAUGGCCUUUCCUUAAUUUGAAGCUGCUUUUAAAAUUUAAGGGUCUGGACCAAAAGAAGAGAAACAUCAGGCUGGA